CACGUAACGCGACUGGAGGUCAGUUCCUCCGCAGCAACAAGCUCGCCCUGGCCCAAUGCACAUGGCCGUCAUGCCUGACACUGGACGCAGCCAGCGGCCAUGGACGACUUCUCGGACGACAGUCUCGACGACCUGAAUGACACGGUGCUGCAGGAGCUUGAAAACAAUGCCAUCCAAUUCACCCAAGCCAAGCUAGGCCAGUCGCAGGCUGCCCCGACGCAGCACAAUGCUCAGAAUGCGCCCACGCAGCAUCACAGUACCGUGGAGUACGAUUUUGACGACGACGACCUUGACGACACGAUCGUUAUUGACGAGCACGCCAAGCCGCCUAGACCCCCGCCACAUCCUCAGCAUCAAGCACUGCCGCCGCAACCCCGCUAUGGCACUGUUGGAGGCACACAGCGGUGGAACCAACACCUGCCGCCCUCGAGGCCGUCCUACCCCACGCGCCCGCAAUUUCCGCAGCCAUCGCGAACAGUUCCUCAACCAGUGCCCUCACAGCGAUAUCCUCCGCCCUCCCGGCCGCAACAAUCUCCGCCCUCCCAGUUUUCCCGCCCUCCACUGCCGAUCCCCAAGCCCUACCCGCAAGCAUCCGAGGCGCCUCAUGCCAGCCCGGCGAACCAGAGCGACGUCAUUGCGGCCCUGCAAGCCCGCCUCUCGGAGCUCCAGUCGGAUCUCACGGCGGCCAAGGGCGAGGCUUCAAUCCUGCGGUCCAAGUACGAGAAAGCCCGCGCAACCCACGAUGCCGAGGUGGCACGCCUAAAGAAGGAAACCGCCGAACAACUCGCGAAACAGGAGCGCCUGGCCGAGCUUGCACGCGCCGCAGAGCGCACCACGGCCACGGAACUGCAAUUUGCCCGCCAGGACCUUAGGGAGGAGAUUGGCCGGGCAAAGUCCAGGCGGAAGGAUGGCCCGGCGACCCCGAGGAAGGAUAGCAGAACGUGGGGCAUUGCGGAUGGCUUUGACGGCGUCGAGACCUUGUCCAGUCCCACUAAAGGCCAGAUCCUGAGGAGGAAGGAUUCUGCUCCUGCGCUGCCCGGGCUGCCCCCACCGGAGCGCACCCCAAGCAAGGGCAAGAGAAAGCGGCCGAUUGUGGAUAGCCCGACAUUUGCGCUCGAGACAGACGGAGGAGAUGCUCUGUUUGAUCAGCCGCAAGCCGUCACACCAUCCCUCCAUUCGUCGCUGGUCUUCCGCGCCCAACCACUCGAUUACCUGAGGCUCUUCCUCGACCACACGGCGACCCACGGCCAGCCGCCGACGUUUGACAUAUUCGCUCACUACGCGUUCCCUUCCGACCCAAAACACUCGUUGGCCUCCAUGCUGCUCCAGAAGCUCCCGCAGAUGGGGCGCCCCGGCCACCCAGUGAGCCUCCUGGUCGACUUUGCGGACACGAUCAUCGAAUUGUGGCACCAAUGUCUUUCGGAGAGAUACUACGGUCCCAUAUGCCACCUCGUUGCCCUGAUCUUGUUCGCGCUCAAUCUCAACGCCGUCGACGUGGCACCGCACAUCAUCGCGUCGCUGAUCCCAGUUUGCGCCACGACCUGCCGGCUGGUUGCGCUCCCGCGGCUGAAUACCGUGGAUGGCGACCUGUCCGAGCACCCCGACGCGGUCAUCCGGCAACUGUGUUCCAACAUCAACGUCACGCAGUGCUUGUCACUCCUCUCGCUCGCUGCCUUGGCGUGUCUUCCGCGUCCUGUUGAGGAGUCGGACGCAAACGCGGCCAUUCCGACCCCGCAGCUGGCAUUCUGGAGGACGAUGGAGUUCGACUUUGUUCUCAUGAUGCUCUCCCCAAAACACCCGGAAGCAGACUGGCUGGCCAUGAUGUCCCUGGUGCGUACGUCCGUGGCCCCCGACAGCAUCGGGCCCAUACCGUCUUCGGCGACCGGCGGCACAGGCGUUGUGGAGGCGCGAACCCCCGGGGCCGUCGCCGCCACGUUGAUCGACUGCGUAUCAUUCUUUCUGCAUGAUCCUCCACGAUGGGCUGCAGACCCGGGCUCCGUGAAGGAAAUUGUGGCCAAGUGCGCGGCGCUGGAAACCCUAACGACGUUUGCGGCGAGUCCGUUUGGCGCUUUGCAGAUCGCCGAGAGCGACGUCGCCAUCCCCCGGCUGGUCACCAUCCUGUGCUGGGCCAUAGACCGGCUGUACGACUCGGACUUGCCGGUGAGGGUGGAGAGGAACGCGGACACCGGCGGGUCCCAGACUGAGGCGGGAGACGCCAUGGGUUUAGAUGGGCUUGAUUCGGCGGCAGAAGAGAUGCUGGACUUGGACUUUGACCCACUCCCCGACCCCAUGACCCUGCUAUACCAGAUUAUCUCACGAGCUACCUGGCUGCUGCAUUUCCUGGUGACGGACCCGCGCACCGCCCACGUGGCUAACAUGUCGGCGAAGCUGGCUGCGUCGUACGGCGGGUCGCAGCGGUACUGUCUCACAUUGGCGAGGCUAAAUUUUGCCGAGGAGGAUCUGGUGCUGGAGGCGGGCAUUGAUGCCGAGACGGUCGAGUUGGCGCAUGAGCUGCUUGAGCUGGCCGUUACGCCGGACGAGGGGGAGGAGAUCAGUGAGAUGUUUGAUUGAUACCGGUAUGGACAUGAGGCUUCCAGGUUGCUAGCGAAGUAGCUGGAUGGUUUUGAUACCCUGGGUGGUUCUCGGAUUAGCGUGGUAGCUUCUCCCUUGGGGCAAGGGGUAUGUCGGAAAACAAACCAGGUAUUCGACCUGUUGCAUGUUGAUUACCUCCUCAUGUGUGAUGCUGUAGGUCUCUCUUUAUACAACAAGCCGGACAAGGACCUGGAGCUUCAGGAAUUCCGGUUGGCUUC